UCUCCGGGCACGCCUGGACGGGAUGGUUACCCGGGCCCACUUGGGAUGGAUGGGAAGCCUGGUGGUCCUGGUCCUAUGGGAAGCCAGGGACUGUCUGGGCCAAAAGGAGAAAAGGGAGACCAAGGAGAUAUGGGGCCCAGGAUGGUCUUCCCGCGCUUUGACCACGGCUUUCUCUCUGGCGACCAGCACACAUUUCACAAACGCCUCCUGAAGGGUGACCAGGGUCAGGCUGGCCCCCCUGGACCCCCGGGGCCCCCUGGAUCACCAGGGCCCAGAGGACCCCCUGGGAACACAGGGAAGGAUGGGCCCAGAGGACCCCCUGGAGAGCAGGGUCCACCUGGUCAAGAUGGAAUCGAUGGAUUAGAGGGACUGAUGGGUCCUCCUGGACAGAAGGGUGAGGAUGGACAGCAGGGCGUGCCUGGAUCACAGGGGUCUCCGGGGCUAAAGGGGGAGCAGGGGGCUGCUGGUGACCAGGGCAGGACUGGCCUUGAUGGACUACCAGGGAUGAAGGGCUUACCAGGAGAGAAGGCUGUUCCUGGCUCCUAUGACAACAUCGGCCUUGGCCAAGUCGUUCAGGGUCUCCCAGGGCCACCAGGGCCCCCAGGAGGCCAAGGGUCAAAGGGAGAUUCAGGCUCACCUGGUGCACCUGGAGCUGAUGGGGAUAAGGGAGCCAAAGGGGAUAGAGGUGAUGAUGGGAUGCCUGGAGUGGCAGGGGAGAAGGGAGAGCGAGGCCUGAUGGGCCAAACUGGGCUUGCGGGAGCUGACGGAAAAAAGGGAGAGCGAGGGGAUUCAAGGUUUGAGGACAGUCUGGCCCAGAGGAUCUCUAUCCCAGGCCCUCCAGGGCCUCCCGGGCCCCAGGGUUUCAUGGUGGGUAACUGGUCCCUCUGUCUUCUUAAUGAUAGGGGGUCCUCUGUAGCCUAGUUGGUAGAGCAUGGC